AUGGCUGAAACUGGAGCCGUUUUGUACAGCCCUUGCGCCCAGCGUCUGAUAACAAUCAUUGAAGACUUUCAGCUAGAACUGCUGACGGAGCCGGGUACUCCCACCCACAGGUGGAAAGAUGGAGAAUCGACAAUCGACCUCACCUUCGCCACCGAGGAUCUUACAAGACACGUAACUCACUGCAAAAUUGAUGGAGGAUUAGACUGCGACUCUGACCACCUCCCGAUUGAUACGGCCCUCGACUGGGAGUGGAAAGCAGCAACUGUGACAAGGAAACGACUAUGGUCCAAGACGAAAAUACCAAUACUGCGACAAAUUGUAAAGGAUCGCCUUCAUCAAAACUACGACGGAAUGGAACCUAAGAAUGAAGGCGACAUUGAUGCACUCGUGUCCUCCAUCGUCAAGGCUCUCAAUGCGGGUAUUGAUGCAUCUACUCCCUGGUCCAACCCAUGUUCCCGGUCAAUAGCGGGAUUUGAUCAAGAAUGCAAAGAUAUCUGUACGGAAGUCCAGCAGUUGCGCCGACGGUGGCAACAAACAAGGCAAGACGACGACUACGAAGCGUAUCGACAAGCACGAAAUAAGAAAGGUCGGCAUAUUCAGAAAUUGCUACGUAACAGUCACCGCCAAAGAGUAGAAGAAGCAUCGUCAGCGAAAAAUGGAUUAUGGAAACUAGUGAAGUGGGCCAAGAAUAGACAAGAUAUAUCGCCCGCCUGCACCCCAGCACUCGCCAAACCCGAUGGAACACUUGUUCAUCGCCCAGAAGAAAAGGCAGAAUUGCUGCGCCAGGCCUUCUUUCCCCCUCCUUGUCAGGCCGACCUCUCGGAUAUCAGUGGAUACCAGUACCCUCCGUCAAUUGAAUGCCCCGACAUCACUUUGCCGGAGAUUGAGAAGGCAAUGCGCAGGGCCGCCCCAAACAAAGCCCCUGGCGCCGACGGUAUCAUCAAUGGCGUCCUGCACCAGACACUCGAUAUCCUUCUCCCCAGCCUCCACAAACUGUUCAACGCCUGCCUCCAACUGGGCUACUGCCCCCAACACUUCAAGGAAGCGGUUACCGUAGUCCUCCGCAAACAGGGCAAAGACGACUACGCACAACCUAAAUCGUACAGACCGAUUGCCCUGCUCAAUACAUUGGGUAAAGUGAUGGAAGCCAUCAUGGCCAACCGUCUUGCCUACCUUGCUGAUGUUCACCAUUUAUUACCCAGCAGACAUACUGGAGGUCGGAAACUCGCAUCGACAGAACACGCCAUACACUUCCUUCUUCAACGAAUACACCAGGCAUGGUCCGAGGGCAAAGUAGCCUCCUUGCUGCUGCUUGACGUUUCAGGAGCCUAUGAUAAUGUGUCCCAUGAACGAUUACUACACAACCUUCGCAAGCGUCGAGUAAGUGAGAAGAUUGUACGAUGGGUAGCAUCCUUUCUCAGCGACCGGUCCGCGACUCUGAAGAUGCAAGAAUACACUGCACCCGUAACACCAAUCAAAACGGGAAUUGCGCAAGGAUCACCCUUCUCGCCGAUCCUCUACCUGUUCUAUAACGCGGACCUGAUUGAGGCAUGCAUGACGCCGGAGACAGAAGCGGUGGGAUAUAUUGACGACGUUUCUAUCCUGGCAGUUGGCCCAUCAGCGCCACGGAACUGCAAAACCCUCAAAGCCAUCCACCGGAAAGCCCAGGACUGGGCAACGAAACACGGUUCUCAAUUCUCCCCGGCAAAAUAUGAGCUUUCCUUCUCCUUCGUCGAGAACCCCAUCCUUCGAGAAAUCUUCGACUACUUGAGUCCAUCCAUUUCGAUCCAACGCGCCAACUUGAGUGCCAGUGCUAUCCGAUAUAAGAUCAUUGAAGAGUAUAACCGCCACAAGCAAAAGGUUAUUGAGGUGCUGAGGAACUCCAGUGGAUUGCUUCAUAUAUCAUUUGAUGGCUGGACCUCUCGAAAUAAGCUCGCCCUGUAUGGGAUUGCUUGCUUUUUCAGAGAUGAGAAGGAUCGGCCAUGCAAAAUCAUAAUUGGGGUUCCAGAGGCUCAUCGUCACUUCGGCUCAACAAUCGGUGGGGAGGUUCUCGACGUCCUACAUACUCUUGGCGUGAGUCCAGAGAAGAUUGGCUAUUUCACGCUUGACAACGCUGAAAAUAACGAUACUGCAAUGGAUGUUAUUGGUGCUGAACUUGGGUUCAAUGGCCGAUUACGCCGAGGACGCUGUAUUGGCCACACAAUUAACUUGUCAGCCAAGUCGCUCUUAUAUGGCAGAAACACCGACGCGUUCGAGCAGCAAUUAUCAGGCGCAGAAGCGUUAUCUGAUGCUGAAUACGCUCGAUGGCGCAAAAAAGUACCUGUUGGCAAGUUACAUAAUAUCGUUGUUGAUGUGCGCAUUAGCCACCGGUUAACUUACUUCUUCAAGGAGGUCCAGAUGGAAGAAAUCAAUCGCGCCACUACCCUUAAAUUACGAUGGAAGAAACCGCUCAAGCUAAUCGUGGAUAAUGACACGCGGUGGCUGUCACAACUCUACAUGAUCCGCAGAGCUCUACGGUUGAGAACAUCUGUCGAACUGCUACUUAUCAGGUAUAAGGCGCAGUGGGAGGACGAAAAUCGGUCUAAAAGGACUGGCCAAGUAACACAAGCCAGGUUGGCGAAGAAACCACGCAUCCUGCGAGACGAGAAUCAAUUAGCAGACAAGGACUGGGAGGUUCUUUACCAUCUGGAGGCUAUUUUGACUGUUUUUGAGACUGUGGUAAAGACACUUGAGGGCGACGGGCAUAUCCGCAAGCGUAAGCAAGGCUGGACCGGCUCCUAUGGCAACAUCUGGGAUGUGGUGCUUGGCUACGAGUUGCUACUUAACACACUGGAGGAAUAUAAACAGCUUGCUGCUGGUUUUCCUGACCCCGAGCAUUUCCGCAUUGGAAUCAACCUUGCUUGGGAUAAGCUGGAUGAAUAUUAUCAGCGGCUGGACGAGACGCCGAUUUAUUAUACCGCUAUGGCGCUCCAUCCAGCCUAUCGUUGGGACUGGUUUGACGAAACGUGGUCACAUAAGCCUAGUUGGGUUAAAAAGGCAAAAGAGAUGGUUGCCGACGUCUGGCUGUCUGAGUACGCUCAUCUUGAGGUUAGAACUACCAGCAGUAGAGGCGACGACGAGCCACCAGCAAAAAGGCCUCGGUUUUUCAACCCUUUCGAGAAGAACAGUCGUCAGCCAAGCUCAAUGCCAGCCUAUGCAGCAGCUAUAAUUGGCGACGAGUACCAGGCGUGGCAGACGGAUCCGAGGGUAACUGGGCAGCUUCCCCUCGUCUCAAAUGCCUCGCUAUCCCACAGUUUGUGGAUUAUCCAUUCGUGGUUUUACAAGCCAUACGCCUAA